AAAAACAAAGUUAGAGCCAUGAUCACAACCACGCACAAAUGAGACACUGACAGCGACACAGAUGCUGAAUUUGCAUUCCAAAUCACAGAAAGUGCUGAAGAUGGAACGCUGACAGUACUAAUAAGUAAGCAGCCAGUAGUUGAUAGACUCUGGAGCUUCAUGUAAAAUUGUGACUGAGACCACAAUCAAACAGUUGACAUUUUGUUGACAACAGUUGACAGUUGACAAGGCCAGGUAAGAUAGUUUAUUCUUUCAGCUCUAAGAUCCCACUGCAGGUAAAAGGGAUUUUCACAUCUCAAAUCCAAGCGAGCGAAAUCUAAGUAAUUAAAGGAGCACAGAUCUGCCUGCUGGGAAGAGAGACUGCUGUUAGAUCGGGAUUACUUCAUAUUGAUCCUAUUGCACAGGCAAACACAGUCCAAAACGUAGAUGUUGUUCAGCCAGAAGUCAGUGAUACAGCCAGUUUCACAAAUGAGUUACUGGAGAAAUAUAAAGAUUGUUUUCAAGAUUAAGGAAAACUGAUUGAAUAACAACUUACACUUCAUAUUGACACAAAUGUAAAACUUGUAGCCCAGUCUGUGUGCAGAAUACCAUUCAGUGUUUGGAAGCAAGUAAAAGGAAAAGCUCAAACAGCUAGAGGUUAGAGAUGUUAUUGAGACAGUAAACGGACCAACACCAUGGGUGUCACGACUAAUCGCAGUACAUGGUAAGAAAGAGACAAGACUGGAUAUGUGAAGAGCAAAUGAAGCUAUAUUGUGGGAACACCAUGCAAUCCCCAUCAUAGAUGAAAUACUGGAGGACAUGACAGGAGCCACUGUAUUUUCUAAGAUAGAUCUUAAGUGGGGAUAUCAUCAAAUAGACCUGGAACCAGAAUCCAGACUGCUAACCACAUUUGUCACACACACAGGGCUGUGGCAUUAUAAGAGAUUGUUGUUUGGAAUCUCAUCUGCACCUGAGAUUUAUUUAUUGGUUAAGUCUUACAUGGAAUCCCUGGUGUGCAUAAUAUCUGAUGAGAUCAUCGUUUCUGGAGAAACAAUACAACAGCAUGAUGAGAAACUACAAGUCGUGUAAUGGCUGCAAGACAAUCGGCUAACACUAAAUGGAAAAAAGUGUCAAUUUCGGAUGAUGCAACUAGAGUUCAUGGGUCUGUCCAAAAAUGGCAUUGGACCAGCUAAGUCAAAGAUUGAAGCAGUGGGAAAUACACAGCAUCCAACAAAUGCAGCUGAGGUGAGGAGUUUUCUAGGGCUAGUGAACUACUGUGGCAGAUUCAUUCCCAACCUGGCUACAACUGCGGAACCACUGAGGGGCCACUGCUGGCACUGUCAUCUCAGUAGGGGGGCACUUCAAUGUUUGAGCAUCAAAAUAAAAGUGGAAAAUGUGGUUAAUCCUCAUUCUUAAAUAAUUAAUAGAAGGCUUCCAUGAACUAACUGGUGAAGUUUCACUGUAUUCUCUAUGGCACUUGUACUUAAAGUACUGAUGCAACGGACAAUGCUCAUCUUGCAAUUUCAUCGGGGGUGUGGAUAACAGAAAAGUUGCAUGGCCGAGUUGCUGUUUAACCGCCAGAUUCGAACUAAAAUUCCUGAAGUGUGUGUCAGUAAACCACCAGGUUCAGCCGACUGGACAGGAUGCUGCUGUUCGCAUAACAGAUGCCGCAACGAAGGGCGUAUGCAUGCAGACAAACACAAAACACAGUAUGGCAAGACAGGGAAGUAAAGCCCUGCUUAGGCAGAACAAACUGAACAAAUUUUCAACACCAUUUGAACGAGACCCCUACACUGUAGUGGACCAAAAAGGACACUCUGUCAUUCUGGAGAAGAAUGUAAAGAAGACAAUGUGUUCUUUGUGAAGCCUUGGGUUCAGCCUGUGCAAGAGACAGUUGUGCUGAUCUGCAGAGCUGGAGAAACAUGGAAGAGGAGAGUGAUAGCAAUAUGUGCAUCGACACUGACUCAGACUCGGCAGAAAAGAUGGAUGACACCAGGUGUAAAGCUGUAUGGACACAGGAAGAGGAUGAAAAUCUCAAAAUACUGGUCAGCAACUUAGGGAAAGAAGACUGGAAAACCAUUGGCUGUUUUUUUCCUGGGCGGACAGGAAUUGAGUGCAUGAACCGCUGGAAAAAACACCUGGAUCCCGAGUUAUUGAAUGGCAAUUGGACCAAAGAGGAAGAUGAAAAGAUAAAAGAGCUGGUGGGCAAGUACGGCACCAAACAAUGGGCUCUCAUUUCCAAGCACUUGAAAGGGCGGCUGGGGAGAAAAUGUCGUGAGCGCUGGUACAACCACCUUGACCCACAGGUCAGUAAGAAAUACUGGACAGAUGAAGAAGACCUCAUCGUCUUCAAAGCCCAUUCCAUUCUGGGUAACCGCUGGGCUGAGAUUGCCAGGCUGCUUCCUGGAAGGACCGACUACUCUGUGAAGAAUCGCUGGAACUGCUCCCUCAGACAAAAAGCAGAAAUGGGCUUGUUCAGAAGUGAGGCUGACAGCGUUUCCCUGGAUAUUCAGCAAUUUGAUAAAGGAGAGGCGAACUUCAAAUGUGAUGUUGUAUUAGACACGGAACCAGUAACUCCUGGAGUGGUCAGGCUAGACAAAGAGAAGAAACAGGAGUGUCAGAAAUCAAAGCAGAAGAUGAAUGUUCCACCUCCACAGACUUCAGCAUCAGUGAGGGAGUUCUCUCCGAGUCCCUCCUUGCCUCGCAGUUCAAUUUCCAGUCCCAGUUCCAGUUCAGGCACUCUGCCAGCAGCAGUGGACCAGAAAAAAUUAGUUAAUGCAGCACUGAGGAUGAUUGCUGAGGACAUGCUGCCACUCAGUUUUGUUGAAGGUGUGGGCUUCAGAUCCUUCAUGAGUACUAUUAGCCCUGAAUACAACAAGCUCUCCCAGUGUUCCAUUGGCCUGCAGCUUUAUGAUGAAGUGGAGAGAACAAUCAAGCCCCAGCUCAUCCGUGACCUUAAAGCCAGAACCGAAUUUCAUGAGAAUGCUGUUCAUGUCACCUUGGACCUCUGGGCUGGGGAUGAAUCCCAACUAGAAGAAGAGGCCAUCGUCAUCGUGCAGCUCCAUUUUGUUAGUGAAUCCUGGCAGAUCCGCCGUCCCAUUGUUGCUUUCAGACACCUAAGCCGCAAAAACCUCUGCACAGCUGUUGCCAGUGAGCUUGAGGGUGUGCUGCUGAGCUAUGGCAUAUUUCCUCACAGCAUCGGCUACAUCCUCACCAAUCAGGCCAAGGAAACUCUCACUGAAAACAAGUUGUUCUGUGACUAUAAGAUCAUGUGCUCGUCCAACAGGGGAGAACCAGAUGGAGAUGAUAUAGUAGCAUUUUUGUCUGACCAGAUGCCAGAAAUGGAGUCCCCCUUUUCAGAGCUGCAGUUUGGGACCAUGACCACAUGUAUAGCCAAAACAUUACAGCUAGUGAUCAAGGAGGCACUGAAGAAUUCCAGGGUAGUAGAGAACCUGCUCUCACAGGUCCACAAUGUCAUAGCUUUCUUUAGGAGCAACGCCUACUGGAGUGAGGUUUUGCUAUCGGAGUUCAACGUGUCUCUGUGCCCUUCCAGUCACUGUCGCUGGAACUCCAUGAUGCUGUCUUUACGACGUAUGGUGGAGGAGUCUGCCUGGAGUUCCAUCGUGACACUCCUUGCUCAGGCUCGCAUAGAGGCCAGUGACACAGCCAGCGCCCCACCACUGGUCAUUGUCAAGAGGGAACAAGUGAUUGACAUCCUCGGUCUCCUUGAGCCGUUUGAGGAGGCCUUGCAGGUUUUGCAAGGAAAUGGUGUGACUGUCUCGUUCAUCAUACCUUCUCUUGUUGGCCUUGACAAGACCCUGGAGGGCUGUGUCACUAAUUACACCCACUUCAACAAGGCUCUGCGCACUGGCCUCCAUACACACUUCCAGUCACUAAUUCAACAGAAGGACAUGAUACUAGCUGCUCUGCUGGAACCCAGGAUUAAAUUGCAGCCUUUUUCUGAUGCCAAACUGGAGGACAAUACUGGUUUCCUAACUCCUCCAUCAAAAUAUGAAGCUCGCACCAUCAUGGAAGCCACAUUAGAGAGCACUACUGCCUCGGUAUCUUUAUCUGUGGAAGCAGCCAAAACCCAGAUUGACCAGGAGUUACAAAAGGAGCUAAGUGCCAAAGAGGAGAACCAAGACAACACACUCAUGGAGGCAUCUGGUGCCAGUUCAGAUGAAAGUGACUGUGAUAGAAUCAGUGGAAAUGACCUCAAACGCAAGUCCAUCUUUAACUUCCUCCAGCCACCUGCAAAAACCAUGAAGAAGUCAGAGUUUGAUGUGUACAUGUCUGAACCACUGUUGGAGAGCAUGUCCAGUUUACUCUACUGGAAAUCUGCUACUCGGUUUCCCCUGCUACAGAGCAUCGCCAAAAGGCUGCUGGCAGCACCAGCUACUGCGGGAGGCUUCGAGAGACUCUGUCCAAUGGCUGCAUGUAUUGUAAGAGCCGAGAGAAACCGCCUACCACCUCACACCACUGAGAGGCUGCUUUUGUACAAAAACUCCUUGAAGACAAAGACCGUUAAAAAGCCCAAUGGAGUCACUAAACAUUGAUGGAUUAAGUCACAGUUUUGUCUCUCCCUUUAGUGACAGAUUUUGCUGCUGUUUUCACAGGCAGAAUAAUGUGAUAGUGAUUAAUGUGUAGGAUCUCAAAUUUUGAGUCCAACAGAAAAUCUUCAGUCAUCCUUAUUGUUUUGCAGUGAUGCAGAGGUGUGAUUGUGCACAUUUUAAGUUGUUAUUUUUUGUAUCGACUCAUUGCAAUUUAUGUCAAGUGUGCUGUGCGGAAAGUACAGAUGGACUAUGGUGAGUCACACAGUAAAGUAAAUUAGACUACUUUCUGUGUAAAAGGUUUUUGUAUUGGUCUGUUACAGUGUGUUCCUCUGUCAUUUUUAUCAGAGGUUUAUUAAUGAACGUGUUUCUCUCAUGAGCCCUCAUGCUGCUUUUCAUGUGUCGCUCUGAUGGUGAAGGUCAUUAAGGUUAAAAUUGGCUGACUGGUCUUUACCCAGAUUGAGUGAGGUAAUACAUGUUAUCUCACCACUUCUUUGUCCAUAUGGAAAUAACCAGAUAAUGUUCUUUUCAUGUAUGACUCAAUUUCUGAGUCUAUCAGUAGGCGUAGUGACUCUGUAAAGGGUGGAAAGAAAUGCAGUAUAUUUGGGUUGAAUUCAUCCUGUGCAUGUGAAGAUUCAAAUAUAAAUAUUACACUGAAAUGCCCAGUAUUGUUAAGGAGAUGACUGUCAAUGGUAUAAUUCAAACUUUUAUGUUUUUGUUUUAAAGUAGAUGUGUUAAAACAUAUCACGAACACAAACAAACUGGGCGUAUCAAAUUAAAAAAGUUGGUCUCAAGUUUAGAACAGAAAAAUUAUUUUGUCCAAAGUCCAUAACACUACUUGAAUUGAACAUACUGCCAUUUUAUAAUUAAGAAAAAUACUAAAUACAUUUAAAAAUCAAAUCAUGUACAAUUAAGAAAAAGUAACCAACAUGACAAAUUAAAUGAAUUAUGAAUAAAAUCAAAUACUUCUAGGGACUUUUGUCUCUCACUGAAUUUUCCCCCCUCCAAGGUACAACAGACGGUAUUUGAUAGGAGAAUUUACAUACAGGAAACGAUGUUUUAAUAACAAUCUCAAAAAAGAACAGAAAUAUAAAUAAAUGGAGAAGACAAGGUUUAAUGCUAGUUAAGAGUUCUUUAUUGAGAUGAUGUUUGAUCUUUUUAUUAAAGGCUGUAAAGCAUGGCUUCUUA